GUUUUCUGUAAAGUCUCUCACAGUCACAGAGAGUUCGAACAGAGAAAAUAAUCGGAAGCAGACAUGGAGAUAGCCGCCACUACCUCUGUCUCCGUCGCGCCGCAGCCUCCCCGACCAUCGAAUGCCUUUUCAAGGAAGCCACAUUCCGUCUCUUCUCUUCCAUUAGCUUCCUUCCAGAGAAAACACUGCGUUGGGAACGAUAAGCUCCGCGUGUCUGCGUCCUCCUCCUUGGACGCCGUCGUCGCCGCCGAGAAAAUAUCUCCGGCGAGUCUUCUCGACAAGAGAGAAACCGGAGGAGUUCUUCACUUCGUGAAGUAUCAUGGCCUCGGCAAUGACUUCAUCUUGGUUGAUAACAGAGACUCAUCGGAACCUAAGAUCACUCAAGAGCAGGCGGCGAAGCUGUGCGAUAGAAACUUCGGUGUUGGUGCAGAUGGAGUGAUUUUCGCAAUGCCAGGAGUCAACGGUACUGAUUACGCAAUGAGGAUAUUCAACUCAGAUGGAAGCGAACCAGAGAUGUGUGGCAAUGGAGUUAGAUGCUUUGCAAGGUUCAUUGCUAAGCUUGAGAACUUGCAGGGGAAACAUAGUUUUACAAUACAUACUGGAGCUGGCCUGAUUGUUCCAGAAAUUCAAGAUGAUGGACAGGCUAAGGUAGACAUGGGCAUACCGGUUCUUAAAGCACAAGAUGUGCCCACGAAGUUGCCAGGAAACAAAGGUGAAGCUGUUAUUCAAGCAGAGCUAGUUGUUGAUGGAGUAAGCUGGAAUGUGACAUGUGUUAGUAUGGGCAAUCCUCAUUGUAUCACAUUUGGUACUAAGGGUGGACCGAACCAGAAACUGAAAGUUGACGAUUUGAACUUGUCAGAGAUUGGUCCAAAGUUCGAGCAUCAUGAAAUGUUUCCAGCUAGAACUAACACAGAGUUUGUGGAAGUCUUAUCACGUUCUCAUCUAAAAAUGCGUGUCUGGGAGCGUGGAGCAGGAGCGACUUUGGCAUGUGGAACUGGAGCUUGCGCUAUGGUUGUUGCAGCAGUCCUUGAAGGUCGAGCCAACAGGAAAUGCACGGUGGAUCUGCCGGGAGGACCAUUGGAGAUAGAGUGGAAGCAAGAAGACAACCAUAUCUACAUGACGGGUCCUGCAGAAGCUGUCUUCUACGGAAGAGCGCUGCUCUAAAGGUGUCCCUUCACCGUCAAUGACUUUUGUCCCUCAACCUUGUUGUUAGUCUAAAGCGCCGUGCUAAGCUCUUACAUGCCCUGAUUCAUGAAUAUUGUUUUAUCUACUUUUUCAGUACGAUGAUGUUUCAGGAAACACACCAAAAAAUAAAUCACUAAUUUAAAA